CAAUAUUGUCUAUAAACAAAAAUUUAGAUAUCCUAGUUAAUUAGCAUGUUAAAGUCUACCCAGUGAAGGCGGAUUUGGAUUGCAAACAGCAUUAAUAAUUUUGGAAAUUUAUGUUGGCAAUGCCAAUGCUUUAGUUGACAUGUGUUAAAAAUGAACGUCAAAUUUUUGACAUUAAGCGUUUUCUGCCGGAAUCUUUGUUUUGUUUUAAAGUAGAUUUUUUAAAAAUAAAUUUGAAUAAAAAUGCCAACUUGGAAUCAAAUUCAAUCUCAAUUACGAAAUGCGAACAAUCCAGUUGUAUUUUUUGAUGUAUCUGUCGGCACCACAGAAAUUGGACGCAUGAUAUUCGAAUUAUUUGCAGACACGGUACCAAAAACUGCAGAAAAUUUUAGGCAAUUAUGUACUGGUGAAUAUCGGCCGGAUGGCGUUCCAAUGGGCUAUAAAUCUGCUAGCUUCCAUAGAGUGAUUAAAGACUUUAUGAUACAAGGUGGAGACUUUGUGCAUGGUGAUGGCACUGGUGUAAUGAGUAUAUAUGGUGGAACAUUCGCAGACGAGAAUUUCAUAUUGAAACACGAUUCCCCUGGACUUUUAUCUAUGGCAAAUAGUGGAAAAGAUACCAAUGGUUGUCAAUUUUUUAUAACUUGUGCAAAAUGUAAUUUUUUAGAUGGUAAGCAUGUUGUGUUCGGUCGCGUUUUAGACGGUUUACUAAUAAUGAGAAAAAUAGAAAACGUGCCCACUGGACCCAAUAAUAAACCAAAAUUACCUGUUAUUAUAUCACAAUGUGGACAAAUGUAGUUAAUUCAUUUUAUUUAAUUGCUUAUAUUAAUUUAUAUAAAUAAAAACAGAUCAAGAAACAUACA